AAUUCAUGUGUCUAGUUACACAUUAACAGUCUAAUCUUCUUCUUUUUCAUCAUGCAUAACAUCUUGUGAUUUGAUUCGUUAAUUAAAAAAAAAAUUUAUAUUGGGUCGAAUCAGUUGGUGUCAAACAGAAUACAAGCUCGGCCCAUAUAUGUGAUAUUGAAAGCCUUUGUUCUUGCCGUCCAAGUAACUAAACUUGUACCUUACAGUCAGAAGCUUAUUAAUGGCGGGACUCUCUUGUUCCCCAACAGAAUUUGAAGAAAACAGAACAAGAAAUGCAAACUGAAUAUCAUGAAUAGUUCACAGAGCAAGUUGAUAGAAGAUGCCUUACUGAUUAUCUCUGCCAAGAUGGUCCGUGAUCAAUUUUAUACAGAUCCAACUUCACCAACUUAUCUGAACAUUUUCAAAAGCAAUAAAUAAUUUCUUGACCCUUAUGAUAAUACAUCUACAGAUCAUUAUGUAGAUAGAACUCUGAGUCUGUUAUUAUACAUUAAUCACCAUAAAUGUUUCUUCUCCUAACCAUUCCAAGAAAGACAGUAAUCACCCAAAAAGGCUUUAACUGUUAAAUCUCGUUCUCCGGAAAAAAAAGAAGAUUCAGAGCUGAAAAUAGAAGAAGCAUGAAAGAAGGAAGAUUCAAGAAGAACCUAUACGCAGUCUUUUUCACUUUCUUCUUCUUCUGCUCCACGUCGGAUUUGCUCCUCCCACGUUCGCCGCUAGAGAUGCUCACCGGAGGGAGGUGGGAUCUCCUGCAGCCGAGUGUAGGCAUAUCAGCCAUGCACAUGCAACUCCUCCACAACAACAAAGUCGUCAUCUUUGACCGUACGGACUACGGCCCUUCGAAUCUCUCCCUCCCUUCUCAAACUUGCCGAAACGCCACCGUUUUCGACUGCUCCGCGCACUCACUCCUAUACGACGUCGCUUCGAACACCUUCCGUCCACUCACUCUCCGAUCCGACACGUGGUGCUCCUCCGGCUCUUUAAACGCCUCAGGCUCUUUGAUCCAGACCGGCGGUUACGGCGUCGGCGAACGAGUUGUACGUAUGUUCACGCCUUGCGACGGCGUUUCUUGCGACUGGGUUGAGAACAGAGCGUACCUCUCCUCUCGCCGGUGGUACUCCACGAAUCAGAUUCUUCCCGACGGCCGGAUUAUCAUCGUCGGAGGGAGAAGAGCUUUCACCUACGAGUUUUACCCCAAGAAUCCGGGAAAAUCCGUUUUCAUUCUCAGAUUCUUGGCGGAGACGAGAGAUCCUAACGAAGAGAACAAUCUUUAUCCCUUUCUUCACCUUCUCCCCGACGGAAACCUAUUCAUCUUCGCCAACCGGAGAUCGAUUCUGUUCGAUUUCGUGAAUCACCGAAUCGUCAAGGAGUUUCCGGUGAUUCCCGGCGGCGAUAAACGGAAUUACCCCAGCACUGGCUCCUCCGUGCUCCUCCCUCUAUCACUCACCGGAGAAAAUAACCGAUCGAAGAUCGCGGCGGAAGUUAUGGUCUGCGGCGGAGCACCGCCCGGAGCGUUUCUAAAGGCGGCGAGGACGAUCCCUAAAAUCUUCGUCGGAGCAUCUCGCACGUGCGGGAGAUUGAAAGUAACCGACCCGAAUCCAAGCUGGGUCAUGGAGCAGAUGCCGUCGCCACGUGUCAUGCCUGAUAUGCUGUUGUUACCGAACGGCGACGUUUUGAUCAUUAACGGCGCGAGUAACGGAACCGCUGGUUGGGAAGACGCUACUAACGCCGUUCUCAACCCGAUUUUGUACUUGCCCGACGAACCCGACCCGACCCGGAGAUUUGAAAUUCUCGCGCCAACUCGAAUCCCUAGAAUGUACCACUCGGCGUCUCUCCUCCUUGCCGACGGCAGAGUCUUGAUCGGAGGAAGCAAUCCUCAUCGGAAUUACAAUUUCACGGCGAGGCAUUAUCCGACGGAGCUCAGUCUCGAGGCAUAUCUCCCGCGUUACCUGGAUCCGCUGUACUCCGGCGUGAGACCGUCGAUUGUCACGGUGGAGCUCGCCGGGAAUAUGCUGUACGGUAAGUCGUUUGCGGUCACGUUCGUGAUUCCGGCGUUUGGGAUGUUCGACGGAAGAGUGUCGGUGCGGCUCGUGGCUCCGUCGUUCAGCACGCACUCGACGGCGAUGAACCAGAGGAUGCUGGUCUUGCGCGUGAGGCGCGUCGUUCAGUUAUCUGUUUUCGCGUACAAAGCUGACGUGGAUGGUCCAACGAACUCCUACGUGGCACCUCCUGGGUAUUAUAUGAUGUUCAUGGUUCACCGUGGAACUCCGAGUGUGGCUAUCUGGGUUAAAGUUUAAACGUGAAUUCAGUUUUUACUCUGCUUUUGAACUCUUUGUUUUUUACAUCAUUUUUAGUGUAGUAAUACAUUUUGUUAUGGUGAAAGGAAGAAAUAGCGGAAACUAAGAGAUUUAAAACAAGAGAUAUAGAGGAUUUAUGAUAUUAGUGAAGAUAACAAGGGGUUAUUAUACAUGAAAGGCUAAGCACGUCUGUUAUCAAAUUAUCAGUUUGGGUUUGUGAUCCCUAUGCAUAUGAGGAAAUUUAUACAUACCGAAUAGUUGUUACGCUUUGAUCUCCUUCUACACUGUCUACAAUCCGGACAUUGUAGUUAAUCUUGGACUAUAUGACACUGAAGUUUUCCUUCACCUAGGCAUAACAACUCAAAGUAAAGACAAAAUGAAUUGGCACUGACAAACCGGGUUGGUUAGAUAAAUCUUCAGAAUUAGGGCUAAAAUGCAACUACAUGUGAAGUUUUCAUUUUAAGACCAACACUUGGAGAGGUACGUACGUCACCCCUUAUAUUCAUUAUGCUUUCCCUGGUCAUGUGUAUGUAGAUGGAUCGAUAGCUUCAUUGGUUCACUAUCCAUGUAGUUUUUUUAAUCAAGGAGAUCGAUCAUGCAUGACAUGUUUGAUAUAUUGUCCAGUAAUUUGUUUUCUGUAAGUCGAUAAUGGAUUUUGUACGCAUGACCCCAGAGAAUAAACAUAACAGACUAACAGGUCAGAUUUCAGUAUACUAGAUCGGUCAGUAUUGAUUUUUUUGAACAAAUAAUGUGAUCACAUUUCAUAAAGCUUAGAGUAGGAAGAAGAGGGGACCUUAUUUUCAACUACAUUUAUGGAGUUUUCUUCACAAACAUAAUAAAUGUGGCUCAGAAUAUCAUAUUUUCUUAUUUACUGACCCCAAUAAAUGUAAUAGUGACGACUCUCCAUCCUACAAAUUCAGUCAAUUCUUUUAGCACGGUGAGUAGUGACUUAAUAUCAAAGUUACUUGACGUAAAAAAAGAGAGUGAACUAUGCUUUUUAUACUCGAAGACUGAAAAGAGUAAUAAAUUUAUAUUUGCUUUUAGUGAGAUUGAGACAUCCAGUGCACUAUAUGCUUCACGGUUCUUAUCGAUCACACAUCGAUAACACGAAUUAAGCAAUAUACUCAGGUUUACAGUUUGGAGAAUUCUCCAUCUUCGACGGUUAAUAUUUGUGUGAUCAUCAAUCACAUACACAAGAGCAUAGAAACAUGUACCUGCAUUAAACAAUAACACAUGCGAGGCAUGAAAUUGUUCUAUACAACAACCAAAGGAAAUUGAAACAUGUGACAUAACUAAUAACAUAAGAUUUUAACGACAAAUUCUUUUAUUUAUCCAACAGCACACUACACUAGUUAUGAUAUACUACCUAAUUAAAAAGGGGGAAUAAUUAAUCACUGAACAUUCGUACAUAAAAAGUGGUUUAAUUAGUACUUAAUAGAUGUGAUCGCUUGUGACACCAACUGGAUAUAUUUACUCAACCUACGUCACACACAAGAGGACGUAACUUACAACUCGCGAGUACACUCUCCAGCUCUCUAAUAGUAGAAAAUAUUUGUAUUUUAUCUCUCUCUUAAUUUUGUUCUAUUAUUGUAUGUUCAAGAACAAAAUAAAAACCUUUCUUGGCCAAAAAAUCUCUUCAAUUAUAGCCACAAUGAAACUUGUAUUUUGUUUCUAAUAAUAAUAUUGGAUUUGUCUGUUUUUGGUCAAGUAUUAGAUUUGGUUUUUACAUUACAAAAUAAAAGUAAAAGCAAACACCAGCCUAGCCUGUAGCUACUUUGGUAGUUAAUAGUUAUGAUUGUUAGUCUCGCACCGAUUGUAAUAGCUAAGACUGCAAUUUUAAUCCAUGGCAAUGACGCAUGAAGAAAACUGGAUUACAAUUUACAACCAGAAAAGAGUUAUGGUUCGCCAUAAAUAUAGUAUCUAUUUUAGAUAUUUAUACCCCUUUCAGAAGUCAUGUAUAGUUAUAUAUAUAUAUUUUUUUUUUCUUGCAUGCAGAAUUUGUGAACACAAUGAUCACAAACUGCGAAAAGUCUUAUGAUUCAAAAUGAUAUAACCAAAGUAGAUUUUCUUACAUAGCCAAAAGAAGAAGAAUAAAUAAGACUCGGAGUGGUGAUAUAUUUAUUGCAAGAAGUUCAAUAUAUAUAACUUCCAAAAGGAAAAAGAAAGAUACUAACAUAUAGACCAGAAAAGAAAAGAUAUAUUAUUACCCGAUCCAUAUCACUACUAAUCAGAUAGCAAAUACAAGUUUAUAUAUAGAUAUAACCACACCAGCUAGAACAUUAACAUUAAAACCCUAAUAGCUAACUUAAAGACGACUAAUCAUAGCCA